CUGCGAUGGGUGUUAUCGAUAACUUUGUACAAGUUGCGGAAAUCGGUUACAUUUAUGGUUUUUUGACCUUUAAAUUGUGAUUUCUUUGUUUAAAACAAGAUGUCGCAUCCCCUGGAUGCCCAAGAGUCGCGCGUACGCAAGCACCCGUUCGUGGGCAUGCGGAUUUCCGACCACACCGUACUGGACACCAUCGAGGGACGGCACAAUUGCCGGCUGUGCCAUCGUUCGAGGAAGUUCUUCUGCUACAAUUGCUACAUACCCGUCGGCGAACUGGCGACUGUGCUGCCCCAACUGAAGCUACCGCUGCUGGUGGACAUAAUCAAGCACAAGAAGGAGAUUGACGGCAAGAGCACGGCUGUGCAUGCGGCCGUCUUGGCGCCGGAACAUGUGCGAAUCCAUACAUUUCCGGACAUACCGGACUAUAGAAAGGAGGACGGGGUGGUGCUGAUCUUUCCCAGCGCCAAGGCGGCCACGGUGCCGCAGCUCUUCGAGCGCAACGUUCAGCUGCAGAUAGGAGAGAACUAUGGCCUACCCAAGGGCCACCACAUGGGAACCAUGCUGCGCCGCCGUAUGGACGAGGUGGAGAUCCAAGGGGACGAUGACAAGCCGGAGCAGGAGCUGCGAUGCUGGAAACUGGACAACCUGCCAAUCCGGCGGGCCGUCUUCAUCGACAGCACGUGGAACCAGAGUCGCGGCAUUUACGCCGACGAGCGGGUCCGAGGCCUGAGAACGGUGGUGCUGCAGAAUCGGCUGUCGCAGUUCUGGCGCCAUCAGCGCGGCAGUCCACGCUGGUACCUAGCCACCAUUGAGGCCAUCCACCAGUUCCUCCUUGAGGUGCACAUCAACGCCUGGGGCCUGAGUGCCCAUUACCGCGGCCUGGACAAUCUGGAGAUAACCGAGAGCUUCCAUCGGCUGGCCGAACCGCUCAAGGUGGUUCCUGCGCCGGCGGCAGCGGAGGAAGUCGUAGACCGGGAAUCGCCAUACAACGGACAGUACGACGACCUGCUUUUCUUCUUCGCCAACAUGUACGAUCUCAUCCACAAAUACUACGAUCACAACGAACUCAUUGCCUAUCGACGUCCCAUUUAGUUAUAGUUUAUAUUC